AUGUCAACGAACAAUAUCGUGGUCGUGGGUGCGGGGGUAACUGGCCUCACCACAGCCCUAUUGCUCUCCAAGAAGCCGGCCAACAAGGUCACUGUGAUCGCGAAGCAUAUGCCUGGAGAUUAUGACAUCGAAUAUGCAUCCCCCUGGGCCGGUGCCAGCUACAUGCCGUUUGGUAAGAAGGGAAGCGACAAUGCCGAGUAUGAGCGGGCUACCUGGCCAGCAUUGCAGGAUCUUGCAGAGAAUCACCCAGAAUCGGGCGUUCACUUCCAAGAUAUCACGAUUCACAAUCGCCUCAAGGAUCAGAAUACUGUUACCGGUCAGUGGUCUGCAGAGUUGACAUCAGCCAACCCAUGGUUCAAGGAUUUUGUUCUCAAUUUCCAAAAUCUACCUCGUGACCAGCUACCACCCGGUAUUGACAACGCUCAAAGGUUCACCUCCGUCUGCAUCAAUCCCGCGAUCUACCUUCCCUGGUUGGUCAGCCAGUGUAUGAAGAACGGCUGUGUAUUAAAAAGAGCUUCCUUGAAGCACAUCGCCGAUGCAGCUGAGGCGCAUCAUUCUGGUAACAAGGCCGACGUCGUGGUCAACUGCACUGGCUUGGCUUCCCGUACUCUCGGUGGAGUAGCCGAUGACCAAGUCUACCCCGUCCGUGGUCAAAUCAUGAUCGUCCGGAAUGACCCUGGAUCUAUGACUUCUAUUUCCGGCUCUGAUGACGGCGGAGACGAGGUUUCUUAUAUCUUUCCUCGGGCAGCAGGUGGUGGCACUGUGAUUGGCGGAACUUACCAGAAGAACAACUGGGAUCCCCUGCCUGAUCCGAACUUUGCAAACAGGAUCAUGCAGCGCGCCCUCAAGCUUGAUCCACGACUCGUGAAAGAAGGACAGGGAGUUGAAGGUUUGGAUAUUGUAAGACAUGGCGUUGGCCUGCGUCCGGCAAGGACUGAUGGCCCACGGAUCGAGAAAGAUCAAGUGAAUGGCGUCAAAAUUGUGCACAAUUACGGCCAUGGAGGGUUCGGCUACCAAGUCUCUUUCAGCUGUGCUGAGAAGGCUGCCCGUCUGGUCAAUGAGAUUAUCCAUCAGACAGACCGAGCGAGGUUAUAG